CUGAGGUGUUUCAUAUGAGAAUCGCUCAGUGGCACUUGUCUGCACUGAAGUAUUGAACAUGGUUCUGCUCAAACUGCUUAUUUUAACUUUGACUUUUUAUGAACUCAUUGUUGAUUUGGAUGCCAGGACUUGCCCAAAAGGUCAAAGAGUAACUUCUGGCGGAGAUGAUUGUGAAAACUGCCCUGAUAAAUAUUACCAGUCUGAAGAGAAUGAUUCCAAAUAUUGCCAACCAUGUACAAAGUGUGAUGAACAAUCGGGGAGUGUUGUUAAAGAGAAGUGUACGAAAGAGACAGACACAAAAUGUCAGUGCCGUGGAGACUUUGUUUCCAGGGACACUGAUUCUUCCACUUGCAAAUGUGACAUUGGAUUUGGACUAAAAAAUGGAGACUGUUUAAAAUGUGAACAUGGAUAUUUCAGCACAAGUAUCAACUCGAACUGUCAAAAAUGGAAAGAUUGUAAAUCUGCGGGAGUGAAUAUUACUGGAACUAAGACCUCAGAUGUUAUCUGUAAUGAUGAAUCGAGGAGCUUUAGCUCUUACGUCACUACACCCCCCACAUCAAACAAAAUCGUUUCUCUAAUCACACACUUAACAUCCCACCGUCCACACGAGGGCACCCAAACUCAGAAGAUGCAUACUACCACCACCACAUCCGCUCCGGGAGACAGAGUCAUCCCAAAUGACAAAGUGCCUUCAGACACAGGCAACCACAUUGGUAUGGCCCUCCUCAUAUUUGGAAUUGUUGGACUGCUUGUGCUGACUGCUGUGACCUGCAAGCUGCAAAUUUCUUCUUGCGUGCCGAUAAAACCAGCAGUACAACGUAUGUCGCAGUAUUAAAACAAGGGAGUCAUUGUGUCGGAGGCCAGUUGAGGAAAGCGGCGAUGGCAGUCUGUCCUCUCUCAAACUGAAUCCAGAGGAGCCCUGAGGUGAAACCUUCUAGUCUGCCAUCUCAUACUGUGAAUUUUAAGAUCAGAUAAUUAUCAUAUGAAUAAUUUCAGACUGAUCACUUAUAUUUUCCUUAAAUUGUUGGUUUUACAUUAGAAAAUACAUCAGAAAAACUAUUUACUGUAUCUGUAUUAUAGCAGGUGUAUUCACAAUCUGCAGUGUGGUCAAUAUUUGACUUUUGUUUGUUCUGUUGUAAAAGAAUAAUGAGUGAAUUAUGUGAAAGUAUAACAUAGCUUUUACCACUGAAGCUGCCUUCUUUAGAAUGAUCAUUUUACACAAAAAAUUACUUUAUGUGUAACCUUAAUAUUUAUUUCAAAUUUGGUUAUGCAGAUUUUUGUAUAAGGACCUGAGAGAUCAUGCCACUAAAUGCCUUAUAGUACUUUCUAACAAUCCUUUCUAAAAUGCACAUAUAUACAUAUUUUUUCCGGAUUGUUUAAGCCUUAUGACAUUAUAUAAUGUUAUAUGGUUUAAUGGGGCAAGUGUCAAGUUUCUCAGAAAUAUACAGUAUGAACGAUAUUGUAGUAAAGGUAGUAACAAUCAACACCGUUGAUCCAAACAAUUGUGAACUGCUGGAGAGCCUUAGAAAAACAUUUUAUUUUCUUCAUGCUGUUUUUCUGUCUCUAUUUUUGUCAUGUUUUGUUUGUUCAACUUUGUUCCACUGGUAGCAGGUCUGUUAACAUUAUGUGGGGUUGGGGGAGUUCCCCUUAUGGAGUUAAAUGUGUCUCUUUUCCCCACUGUGAGAUGCUUCCUCUCAUGUUUUCACUUCAGCCGUUGGAAAGAGUGAUGUUGUAAAUGUGAAGACUUUCAUGUUGUUUAUGCCUCACUGGAGACUUUCCCCAGAUCAUUACAGUCAGAGGAGUUAUGAAAGCAUGCCCUCAUUAUUUUUAUUCAUUUAUGAAAUCGGAUACACAAGCCUUCAAAUCACAGGUGGCUACCUGGCUGGCUCUAUGUGAUAAGUAGAAUCUACUUGGAAAAAGCUGCAGUUUGGUUCCAACUAAUUGGUUCCUUUGAUAGCGCCCUCUGAUGGAAUACUUCAGGGAAAAGAAAUGAACAGACAUUUCUUAUUUAACCCUCAUCAUACCAAUGUACAUAACAUACAAGGACUACCAACUGGUGUCCCUGGAGAAAAUAUAUACUUCUCUUUAAUAAAAAUUGCAGCUUUCAUCCCAAGUACAAUCAACAUUAGUACUUAAAAGCUUAUUUACCAUCCUUUGAUUCUGCUAUCAUUUAGUUUUCAGUAAUUUAAAGUUAAAUCAGGACCCAUGGCAAACAUGAACUCAAUAAAUAGUUCCAUCUAUUAAAACUGCAUAGGCGGAAAAAGCACUAAUUAAAACAGAAACAGAAAAGAAUGACAUGAAGUCAUUAGGAACAAAUUGAUUAACAAAGUCAUGAAAAACUGGAAUGAUAGAAUAAAACAUCUGAGAGAUAUGACAAAAAGUAUACCUCUGGGGUCUGCGGGUACCCCAGUCGGUAGGAUUAAGGUUAAAAACAGUGGAGAACGAAGUAUUCAGAUCCUUUAGUCAAGUAAAAAAUACAAUUUUGUAAAAAUACUCAAGUUACAAGUAAAAGUCCUACAUAUAAAAUCUAAUAAAUAUAAAUAUAAUUUAAAAUAAAGUACAUAAGUAUUAGCAGUAAAAUGUACUAAAGGUUUCAAAAGUAAACUCGUUCUGCAGAAAAAUGGAAAAUAUAUAUUAUAUAUCACAUAUUAUUAUUGUUAUAACUGAUGCAUCAAUGUGUAAGCAGCAUUUUACUGUUGUUGCUGGUCGAGGUGGAGCUAGUUUUAUCUUCCUUAUAUAUAGUCCGCUAGUUUAGUCCAGUGGUUCCCAACCUAGGGGUCACCAGAUAAAUCUGAGGGGUCAUGAGAUGAAUAAUGGGGUAGGAAAUAAGAAAAACAAAAUGCUGAUACACAAAUCUGUCUUCAGUUUUUGUACUUUUCUCUAUUUUUUGUAAAAUACUGGAUCAUUUGAACAAUGAUUUAAAUUAAAUCUGAGAAGUUUAGAGGGGAAAUGCCUCUUUGUUUGAACUGCUAUCAACUCAUAGACAUCUGAAAUGUGACAAGGAGCCCCAACUGCUUUUAUAUGAGAGGUCACAAGACUGAAAGGUUGGAAACCACCAGUUUAAUCAUAAUGUGUUGUAUUGUGUAUGUUCAUUAUAUAUAUUUUUUAUGUAAACUUUUUAUGUCAAGUAACUAGUAACCACAACUGACAAAUAAGUGUAGUGGAGUAAAAAGGUUUAUCAUUUAUUCAUUGUAGUAACCAUUAUGUUUUUAUGUGCCUUUGUCUGUCUCUGGUCAUGCUCUUGGAAUGUGUAAGCUGGGCCUCCUACACAGUAGCAAGGAGGCAUCUUUUGAAACCAGAUGUUCUUGUCAUGAGUUUGGACUACGUCAGUGCACGGACAUUGCACGUUCAGAGCAUGUUAUAUACUUGGCUUUUCAUAAUUGGAUGAAAAUGUUAUCUUUGGGCUGAGAGCCAAUCACAGUGGGGUUCUUUGUCUUGAACCACUAUAAAAUGUACUGUAAAGUAUUCGGGAGACACACCUUGGUUGGUUCUUGUGGUAAGGUUUUGUGAUCUCCUUGUAAUUAAUUACAAUUAUUUACUUAAAUUCUUCUGUGUUUUGUGUUUAUUUAAUUAUUUGUUGAGUGCUUUCAGACAAUUUCCACAACAGUACAAUAUUUCCCACUGAAAUGUAGUGGAGUAGAAGAACAAAGUACUACUAGUGAUACUUAAAUUAAGUGCAAGUAUAUCAAAAUUGUACUGAAGCACAGUACUUGAGUAAAUGUACUUAGUUACUUUCCACCACUGUUUAAACAACAAACAAACUAGUUUCUAUCUGACUCUUAUUGUAAAGCGUGUUUUUUGUCAAAUAUAUUGUCUCUGAUAUUAGUUCUCUGUGAUGCCCUGAGAGUGCGUGAAUAAAGAUUUUCUAAAUAAACUUGA